AUGGCCGACUCCGACUUCAAAGAUAAGAAGCAACCGGACUACGGUCUAGAGACCGAAAGCGAUGAUCCGGAUUCCCUCAAUACAAUUACCGCCCUGGUUGCUGAAGACCACGAACAUGAGAUCAAGCUUCGGACCAUGUCAUGGCAGAAAACCGCCAUUCUGUUGGCUGGUGAGCAAGUCUGUCUGGCCAUCAUGGCUCAGUCCUGGUCUCUUUCUGUGCUAGGAUGGGUUCCAGGCAUAAUAACCAUGGUUCUCUGUGCCGUUCUUUUCUGGAUAACGUCUAUCACCAUGCACAAGUUCAUCAUGAAAUACCCCCAAAUCAAAGAUAUCUGUGAUUUUGGAUACUAUGUCUUCGGAAAGAGUCGCGUGGCAUACGUAUUUUCCGCAUUCAUGUUAUUGGCCAACAAUAUCCUGCUCAUCGGAUUCCAUGUCCUCACCGGUGCCAAGGUGCUGAAUACACUAUCCGAUCACAGCCUGUGCACUUCCGUUUUUGCCGUCAUUGCAACAAUCAUGGGCAUUGUGAUGUCUGUUCCUCGAACUCUAAAUCAUAUCAGCUCCAUGUCAAUGGUAUCCUCCGCCUGUAUGGGAAUCGCCAUCCUCCUCUUCCUCGUCUUUGCUGGAAUUGAAUCCGCCCCCCUGUACGGAUAUAACGGAAACUACCCAACCCUCGGUCCCGUCAAGACAUACGCAUUCCCCCAAGCAGGAACCACAUGGAUCGCAUGCAUGAACGCCGUAUUGAACAUCACAUUCCUCUGGGUUCCCCAAAUCCUAUUCCCCAGCUUCAUAGCUGAAAUGGAACGGCCGCAAGAUUUCCCCAAAGCGCUCGCCGUCCUAACAUUCAUCUCAGCCAUUCUAUUCCUCGUGCCUCCGGCCAUUGGAUUCCGCUAUCUGGGCCAAUACAGCACGGCACCUGCAUUCGGAAGUUUGGGAGUCGUGGCGUAUAAAAAGGCUUCUUUCGGCUUCGUUAUCGUCCCCACCUUGAUCAUCGGCGUGAUUUACGCUAACGUUACGGCGAAAUUCAUCUACAAGCGCACGAUGGGCCAGUCCAAGCACGCACACAGCAACACGCUUAUCGGCUGGGGCGUGUGGGGCCUGGUGAUGGUUGGAAUUUGGCUUCUCGCAUUCGUCUUUUCAGAAGUCAUUCCGAGUAUGGGAGAUUUCCUUUCCCUGCUUAGUGCAGCUUUUGACUCGUUUUUCGGAUUCAUUUAUUUCGCCAUUGCGUACUGGCAACUCAAUCGGGGGAAGCUAUUUAAUGGCGUGGGGAAGUCGGUUAUGACUCUCGUGAAUGUUUUCAUUAUGGUUGUUGGGUUGUUUAUUCUGGGCCCGGGUCUGUAUGCGGCUGUUGAGGCUAUUAUUACGGAUUAUUCGGGUAGUAUUACGCCGGCUUUUACCUGUGCCAAUAUGGCCCUUUGA